AACAUUGAGACAAUAUCGACUUUAUCCAAUCAACAUAUUUCAUUUUUUAUUACAUUAAAUAGACAAAAUGCUUUCCCGGUUGUUAAAAGAACACCAAACGAAACAAAACGAAAGGAAAGAGUUGCAAGAGAGACGAAGACGAGAGGCCAUAACAGCUGCAACAUGUUUAACAGAAGCCCUGGUGGAUCAUCUAAAUGUGGGGGUGGCGCAGGCCUACGUCAACCAGCGCAAGCUGGACCAUGAGGUGAAGACGCUGCAGGUUCAGGCCAGUCAGUUCUCCAAGCAGACGGCCCAGUGGAUCAGCAUGGUGGAGAACUUCAACCAGGCCUUAAAAGAAAUCGGAGACGUGGAGAACUGGGCGAGAAGUAUCGAGAUGGACAUGCGGACGAUUGCGACAGCUCUGGAGUACGUGCAUAAAGGCCCGGUUCAGCCCGCGUCCUCAUGAGCGGAUGGACUGAAACCCAAAGGCUUUUCCUCCAACUGUUGGAGGAACUUGGACACUGU